AGUAGAGAGGAGAAGAAAGGAGGAGGAGGAGAAAAAGCAAGGGAGAGACACACCACACACCGUAAACAAGCUAAGAAGAGUAAACGUCCGUGCCCACUGACGUUAUAUGCUUUGGUUUUGAAGUAACUUUUGAAUUUAUUGAACUUGUUGAAGAAGCGUUUACGUGCCUUCCUCUUUAUCGUUUUUCGUCGUUUUCGUGAAUCAGCAUCUGCUCAGUCUUGAAGAUGAAUUCACUGGACCGUUCUUCCAAAUGGCCAUCUUAUGAUUCACUUCCCUCCACUCCGAGCUUUCUCCAUAGCGAGAGUGAGCACACCGAGGACGAGGCGGACAUCUUCUCCGAGGGAGAGGUGGACAGUGGAACACACAAAUCCUUCUCGGCCGAUGAAGUGUUGACAUUUUCCGGGAGUUGCCAUGACUUCCCAAAUCAUUCAGUUAAGUUGUUCUCCGGGUCUCUGAAUGACCAGUCUGGACACUGCACCGGUCAGACUAAGCAUCCGGACUCAGCACCUUCUCCCAUAGUCGCCACGAUAGGUUCAUCAUCGGCUACACCUGGAGAUCUGGCCUUCGCUCAGAAGUGUGCAGAUUUGCGCAAGUUUAUCUGCCCUUUGCUUGAGCUUCUACGUGGACUUAAGGCUGGGCGAUUUGACAAAGGUUUAACCAGUUUCCAGCAGAGUGUUGCCGUGGACAGACUGCACAGGAUUCUGGGAAUUUUACAGAAGCCUGAAAUGGGUGAGAGAUACCUUCAUAACCUGCUGCAGAUAGAGAUGAUGCUCAAAAUAUGGUUCCCUCAGGUGGCACUUCAGCCCACAUUAACCCAAACCAUCACUCCCAGACUCUUACCACGCUGGCGCCAAAAUCAGCUCCACAUGCCAGUUAAGAAACGAAAGCCGGCCUGGUCAGACCCUGACGACCCUGGCACGGUCCCACCCAGGCAUACACACUAUCAACAUGAAAAACAAGGGAGCUGCCAGCCUGUGACGUCACUUGAUAUCACAUGUUUACCCGGAGCACCUAAAAAACGGAAAGCUCCCAAAGAAGAAGUAGUUGAAACACCUGUAGGCUGCUGGGCAGCGCGACUUGAGUUUACAAAGACCACUGGUACAUUAAGCAGACCAUCAUAUUUAUGCAGCAAGACGGAAAAUAAGAAUUCGAAGCAGCCUAGGAUUGAUCCAGCCUCCCCUCGUGGCAGAGUGGCUGCUACCCAGGAGGGUUCAGUAUCCACAAGUGCCAACAUUACUACAGAUCACCUUAACUGGCCUUAGCUGACCUUGCUACCACAUAGAGGUGCCACAGCAUGCCAGCCAGAGUCAGGGUAAAGCAUGGUCUAAAUUACAUAAGCAUGAAUUUUGACGUGGAGCCAGUCUGUGAUGGCUGCAAGGCACGUAAAACAGAAGAGGAGGAGAAAUGCAGAGAGACAUUCAUUAACCCCUAACUACCCAGUGUGGCUUACAAUUACACUGGAUGUAUUGCACUAUUUUACCAUGAACUGUACGUAUAUUAUGUGUAAGUUUUUUGUAUUCACUAAGUUAAAAAAUGGAAAUACUUAUGUUGUUUGUUAAAGCAAUCAGUGCUCUAUUUUAUAUGUUUUUCAUAUCAUGGAAUACAGCACAGUACAAGUACAAGAUUUCAUGGCAGUAGUGAAGAACAGAUAUAACUAAGUCAGAUAAAAAAGGUAAUUUGACGAAGUGACUAAACUUUUUUUUUUUUUUUUUUUCUCUCUCGACCAAACGACUAAUAGAGAACAUAAUUGGCUU